AUGGACACACAGCGAAAAGUGCAAAUUAUUUGUGAUGGGGAGCCGCCCGUGUUUCUUAUGAUUACUGAUGACAAAUUGAAGAAGUCACUUAUAAAAGAAUAUUUUCCUUCUGCAGGAAAUUUAACUUAUAAAGUCGGCGCAGAAACAUAUCUUUUGCAGACGGAUGCUGAACAUAAUGUUUUGGAGCCUCUCAUCGACACUUAUUAUUUGAGUAUUCGAACUGGAACUGUCCCGCAUCUGAAUGACCAACAAUUAAUGAGGUUUAAUGAAAUUUUGCAAAAAAUCAAUGCAAACCCGAAUCCCGACCUGAAGGAGACCCCGAAGCAGAAUUCAAAGUUCACAGAUCAAAAAAUCGGUGCUAAACGUAAAUCCAACAUGAGUCAGGGGAAAGAAGAGUUCAAACGGAGAGUGAUUAAAGUAGAGCUUAAUGGCAACAAAGAGUAUACUUUAGAUGCAUCGAAGCAAUUAUUUUUACAAAGUAUAAAAGACAAGUACUCUGAAUUCGAUCAAUAUGUAACAGAAUUGGAUGAUUCCUCAGUUCGCAUUGGUCGAUAUGAUGAGAGCAUAAUUUUUAAUUUUAAGUUAAAUGGCACCCAGUGCGGGUUCUGGAAGUACAUUCAGCAGUACAGGACUACUGGGCAUCGCAUCACCUUAUAUCUUCUUACUACACAGAAUCCGACAGCCAAACCUAAUACCGAUGAAAUAUCGAAAAAUUCACUCACAAGCCGUUCUAAUCCUUAUGAAGGAAACGAUGACCAUACUUUAUACAAUAAUAAUAAUAAUAAUGUGGGUCCAAGCUAUUUAGAUAGAAACAAGCAAGCAUUACUUCAAAUGUCCAACUUGACAAACAUUGAGGACUGCAACACGGCAAGUUAUCAUGCUAAUAAAUCUACACCUGAUCAAAGUACAAUAAAAAGUCCCUUGAAAAAUACACUCUUCAAUUUUUCUAACGACUUAGGUAGUAGAAGUUCGCCAACUAAAAGUGAUGGUAAAGAGCAAAGUAAUCCAAAAAAUUCAAUUAACCGUACAGAAAAAAGUCCUUCAAAAAGAUCGUAUCCUUUUAACAAGCCAUCAACUGCUGAUCACCAAAACAGACAUCAUCGGGAAGAAACAUUUGAAAACGUUAAUAAACCAAGUACCAGUAAAGUGAAAUCAAAUUCAUCGGGUGGAUCUGCAUCAUUUGUUGCUCUUGUCCCUUGCUCCAUAGAUAAUUUACCACUGUGUAAUACCUUAAAGGGAGCCAUCAACCACAAUAAACAACAAAUUACAGAAAGUAGUAUUAGAAAACUUCCAAUUCCAGUGAAAACUACUUUAAAGGAUAAAAUUGUACGGUUGAAUUUAUCAGUUCCGCUGAUCAAGGAAAAUAAAAUAACGAUUUUUGGUGAAAUACUGGGGAAGGGGGCCCAAGGUAUCGUACGCAGAGGUAAAUUAUUAGGAUCACCCGUCGCAAUGAAAACUAUGAAAGUUGACAACAACAACAAAAUUUUUAUACUGCGUGAAAUCAAACUGUUGGACAAAAUUCGUCAUCCCAACAUAAUUUCAAUUAUGGCCGUAUCAUGUGUAGAGAAUAAAGUACACAUUGUCACAGAAUAUGUUGAAUCAGAGAACUUGCACACAAUUCUUCACACGCCAGAAAUUCGUAAAACAUAUGAUUUUACAACAGACAGAAAAAUAUUUGUGGCUCACCAAGUAUCCUGUGCUGUUGUUUUUUUACACCAAUUGCCAGGAUCGUCUAUCGUGCAUCGAGAUAUUAAACCAGGAAAUAUUUUAGUCAAAACAAAUUUCGACACGAAACUCUGUGAUAUAGGUUUAGGAAUAUCUACAGGAUUGGAAUCACACCUUCAGUCAGCGGUGGGAAGUGUACGUGGCACUUACCUAUUUAUGGCACCGGAAAUGAUUGUAAACCGUAAGGAAGCUUCGACUUAUACCGACGUGUGGUCUUUUGCAUGCACGACAGUUGAACUAUUUACAGAGCAGCAAGUGUGGGAUAUAAAACACUAUUUCAAUAUUCUUGGAGAACUGACUGAUCUGUUUCGACAAAGAAGCGUUCCAAAACUAGAUGCUAUUCCACCAUUUCUACAAAGGUUAUUAAAAAAAUGUUUUAAUUAA